AUGUCGGACACAUCAGACUUUCGCAAUCCUUCCACACGCUCGCAAGCCCCUCAACACAUCCUUAUCGUGGGUUGUGGCAUAGCAGGACCAGUCCUUGCAAGCCUCCUGCUGUCAUCUCAGACUCCUAUCACCAAACUUCCACACAUCACAAUCCUCGAACGCAAUACUGCCGCUCUUGGCUCCGGCCAGAACAUCGACAUUCGCGGUAUUGGCAAACAUGUCAUCGAGAAACUCGGCUUGACGCAAGGAAUCAAGGAAGCGACUACAGGCGAAGAAGGCGUCAAAAUCGUCGAUGCGAACAAUAGGAUCUGGGCAAAAUAUGCUGCUGACAAGACUGGUGAAGUCGAGACUGGAACUUCUGAUGUUGAGAUCUUGCGUGGCAGGCUUGCGGAGAUUCUCUUGAAGCAAGUUAGGGAAGUGAGCGAGGAUGUUGGGGCGAGAGGUGGGUUUAGAGUCGAAUUCAUCUUUGGGGACAAUAUCGAGAGUCUGGAGCAAGAUGAUGAGAAAGUUUACGUUCGACUUGCGAAAGCAGGAAGUAGAACUUACGAUCUGGUUGUUGGUGCCGACGGACUUCACAGCAAAACACGGAGACUGGCUUGGGGAGCUGAGCAAGAGGGUUGCUUAAGACCUCUGCGCAUGUACGGUGCCUUCUUCAGCACGACAAAGGAAAAAGCGGACGGAGAAUGGAGAUCAUGGUAUCAUGCUCCUGGUGGUGUCAGUGUUAUGCUGCGACCCUCGGGCACAAAAGAGAAAAGUACCGUGCUUGUACUCCUGGCUGAUAAAAAUGACAACAUCGCGAAAGAGAUGGCAGGACAGGGGAGGGAUGUUUCGGCACAGAAGAGGCUAGUGCUGAAAAAAUUGGAAGGCAUAAACUGGCAAGAGAAACGUCUGAAGACGGCUGUCAAGGCAGCAGAUGACUUCUACUUCGACACCACGGCGCAAAUCAAACUGAACAGAUGGAGCAAGGGUAGAGUUGUCUUGCUGGGCGACGCUGGAUACUGCGCAUCUCCCUUCUCAGGCAUGGGAUCGACACUUGCAUUGGCUGGUGCUUACCAUCUCGCUGGCUCUCUCGUCGCACACCCACAAGACCAACGCGACCAUGCAUUUGCGCAAUACGAAGAGUGCAUGAGACCCCUCGUCGUUAAGGCUCAGAAACUGCCUCCUGGAAUGCCGCAUCUGAUUCAUCCCCAGACUGUAUGGGGAGUCUGGUUGCUGAGGAUGUUCUGUGCCAUCGUACAUUGGUCUGGAUUGAUUCAUCUGAUGUCGAGAUUCAGGGGGCCGCCAGCUCAAGUGAAAGAGUUUCAGGAGUAUGAUUUCAAGGUCAAGAAAGAGCAGUGA